AUGAGCGAUAAAAAGUUUCUAACCGUACUGAAUUGGAGAGUAAUCUCUUGCUGCUGCUGGACAUUUUCGUGCGGGUUUUCCGAUGCUGCUCCUGGUGCCUUACUUCCAUUCAUCGAAGACUACUAUGGCAUUUCGUACACCGUUGUAUCACUUAUCUGGUUGGCCAAUGCCCUUGGAUUUAUUGUGAUCGCUGCUCUCUCGCAUAAAAUCCAGGAAUGGUUAGGCAUGCGAAAGUCAUUGGCUUUCGGCUGCUUUUUAUCCUGGAUUAUGUACGGAAUGGUUCUGAGUGGAUCCAACUUCGCCGUAGUUGUUGUUGGUUUCUUCUUUGGCGGAGCAGGGAUUGCCAUUGGCCUAGCACAGACCAAUGUCUAUUUGGCCAGAUUGGAAAAAUCUUCUACAUAUUUAGCUUACAAUCAUGGCUCUUAUGGCGUGGGUGCUACAAUUUCUCCGUUAAUUGCAACUGUUUUCGUGGAUAGAGGAGUACCUUGGAAUUUUUUCUAUUUGGUAUUGUUAGCUCAGAUGGUAGCUCACGGACCAAAUGUUUGGUUUGCAUUCCAAGGAAUUGACAAUGAACAAGAAGUAGAAGAUAGAGAAGAUAGCGCCAGCAUACAACUAGACGCUUUCACGUCUGCAUCGCCUGGGGUACAUGCGUCGGGGGAUGAACCGCAUAUAAUGAUCCAGGCUUUAAAAAAUAAGGACACAUGGUUGAUGGCAUUGUUUGUACUUUUAUAUCAAGGAUCAGAAGUCUCAAUGGCAGGUUGGAUCGUUACAUAUUUACUUGAUUAUCGUCAUGGAAACCCCAGUACAGUAGGCUACGUUGCAUCAGGUUUCUGGGGAGGUUUAACAAUAGGCAGAUUAUUUUUAACGCCGAUACUUUACAAAUAUUUCGGAUCGAGAAGAAGUGUAAUAGUCCUAGGGAUACUGGCCGUUAUAAUCGUAAUAAUUGUAUGGGUGGUCCCCAAUGCAGUUGCUGCGGGAUGCCUAGUCGCAAUAUCAGGAAUACUAAUUGGCCCAAACUACACGCUCUUAAUUACAAUGACUACGAGAAUAAUUCCAAGAAAGAUUCAAGUGAUUUCGCUAACAAUUAUGACGGCAUUUGGUUCUUCGGGUGGGGCGAUAUUUCCGUUCUUUGUGGGGUUGAUCUCACAGUCUGCAGGUACUUAUGUAGUUCUUCCCAUUUUUGUUGCACUCUAUCUGACGAUGGUUAUCGUAUGGAUUUGCUUACCAAACGUAGAGAGGACCAAUAGGUCUUCUCAGGCGGUUGGAUUUGAAAAAUGGUGGCUUCGAGUCUGGUAA